ACAUAUUUAAAUAAAUGAGCAUUAUUCAGUUUUCCUCUUGUAUAAUGGACACUUUAUAAAAAAUAACCCGUUUGAAAUUUAGGUGAUACGGUUCCGUGAUCAGUCUGUCAGUCUGUCUGUAGCCGGAAAGUAGUGAAGACAUGGAAGGCUUGGACAUUGAUAGAGUUACUUUCAAAGUCAAUGGAAAUUCUUAUUCAGUUGGCAGUGAAGUGAGUUCAACACUCACUUUGGUGGACUACAUACGAAAUGUGCUGGAAUUGAGGGGAACCAAGUACAUGUGCAGAGAAGGAGGUUGCGGUGCCUGCAUCGUCACUGCUGUUAAGUCUCCUGGUACUCAGCCAAUUGCCGUCAAUUCAUGUUUAGUCUCGGUGACAUCCUGCCAGGGUUGGGAGAUCACGACGGUCGAGAAAGUAGGCAACAAAUUGGAAGGUUACCAUGAGGUUCAGAAGAGAUUAGCAGCGCACAACGGCACCCAGUGUGGGUACUGUACCCCGGGGUGGGUGAUGUCAAUGUACAGUCUUCUCAAUUCGAAAAAGGAAUUAACUAUGCUUGAAAUAGAGAAAUCUUUCGGCAGCAACCUUUGCAGAUGUACUGGAUAUAGACCUAUACUCGAAGCGUUCAAAACAUUUGCGAAAGAUGCUCCAGAUAAAAUAGCUGAUAUAGAAGAUUUGUCUAUUUGUAGUAAAACUGGAAAGAAAUGUAAUAAAGAUAGUGAUAAAGACAGUUGUGACGAAGACGAAUGGUGUUUACUAUCAAAGGAUGAAGUUGAUAUCUUUAAUAAUAUUUUCAUUAAAUUAAAAGAUGGCAGGUACUGGUUUACAGUACCAACAGUUCGUGACAUUUUUCGAGUAUUAAGGAUAACAGGGGAUGAUUCCUAUAUGUUAGUAUCAGGGAAUACGGCUAAAGGAGCUUACCCUAUAGAUGAAUAUCCACGAGUUUUAAUUGACAUCAGUAAUGUGAUCGAAUUAAAAGGUUAUGCCAUCGAUCAAAAUUUGAUUAUUGGCGCUGGCAAUACUUUGACAGAACUUUUGAACAUCUUCGAAAUCAAAAGCCAAGAUGAAUACUUUUCUUACCUCAAACAAUUUUACGACCAUCUUCAACUAGUUGCUCAUAUUCCUGUAAGAAAUGUAAUGGGAGAAGAAGUUUCAUCAGAUGUGACAUUAUUGGAUUUCGUGAGGCAGAAUGCUGGUCUGAAAGGAACUAAGUUCAUGUGCCGCCAAGGAGGGUGCGGAGCAUGCAUAGUAGCUGUACGGAGAAAACCUGGUGCUAAUGUUAUGUCUGUUAAUACGUGUCUUGUUUCGGUGACGUCUUGUUACAAUUGGGAUAUCACUACUAUAGAAAAAGUUGGCAACAGGCUUGAUGGUUACAGUCCCAUUCAGAAGACACUUGCUGAAAACAAUGGCUCCCAGUGUGGAUACUGUAGCCCAGGAUGGGUUAUGGCGUUAUACAGUUUACUUGAAAACAAAAAGGAACUAUCUGCGCUUGAAAUUGAAAAAUCUUUCGGAAGCAAUGUUUGCAGAUGUACAGGCUAUAGACCAAUCCUGGAAGCCUUCAAGAAAUUUGCUAAAGAUGCUCCGGAAUACUCUGUUCCUGAUAUAGAAGAUUUGUCUCCAUGUCAAAGUGUAAAUAAAACAAUGAAUUCUAAUGCUAACACAGGAGAUUGGUGUAUUGUUACAAAAAGUGACAUCACAGAAAAUAAAAUUAUAGAAUUCACAUUAGAUGAUGGAAAGAACUGGGUGAGAGCAGAAGAGGUCGAUGAUAUUUUUAAUGCUUUAAGCAAAAGAGGCUAUGCCUCUUAUAUGUUGGUAGCUGGGAAUACCGCAAAAGGUGCUUAUCCAAUAUUUGAGUAUCCACAACUACUCAUUGAUAUAAGUGGCGUUAGUGCAUUGAAAGGAUACAAAGUCGAUCAAAAUCUGAUAAUUGGAGCAGGAACAACGCUUACAGAGUUCUUAAAUAUUUGUGAAAUGAUGUCUAAAACUGAAGAAUUCGCAUAUCUUGAAGCUUUCGUACGUCAUCUACAUAGAGUAGCUCAUAUUGCCGUUCGAAAUUUGGGCACUAUUGCUGGAAAUUUGAUGUUAAAAUAUUAUCAUAAUGAAUUUGCGUCAGAUAUUUAUUUAUUAUUAGAAACUGUCGGCGCGUAUAUUACUAUCCUUGGUCGUGGUGGUUCCAGCAGUCAAAAAGUUUCGAUGCAAGAGUUUUUGAGAACAGAUAUUAGAGGAAAAGUCAUAUUCAAUGUUUUGUUACCACCAUUGAGUAGCGACUACAAAGUCGUUACAUUUAAGACUACGCCUCGAGCCCAGAACGCACAUGCUACAGUUAACGCUGGCUUUUGUUACAAAUACAAGUAUGAUAAUAAAGUGAUUUCAGCUAGAAUAGUUUUUGGAGGACUUUCCUCAAGAUUUUCGAGGGCAAAAGCGACGGAACAAUCUUUAAUCGGCAAAUCGUUAUUCCUUAAUGAAACAUUGCAAUCGGCUUUGGAUGUUUUACAAAGAGAGUUGAUUGUAAAAGAAAAUCCACCGGAGCCACCUGCACCUUACAGAAAACAAUUAGCGUUAGCUCUUUUUUAUAAGGGUCUACUCACGUUAUGUCCUGAAGAAAUGGUAAACAGUAUUUAUCAGUCUGGAAAAACAGAUCUUCGAGAAUCGAGGAUUAUAUCGAAAGGAAGUCAGCUAUACGAUACAAAACCAGAACUGUGGCCAUUGACAGAACCAGUUAUCAAAAAAGAUGCAUUAAUUCAAUGUGCCGGUGAAGCAACUUACACCUAUGAUGAACCUGAAUUACCACACGAAGUGCACGCAGCAUUUGUACUAAGCACUGUACCACUCGGAAAUAUAGUAUCUAUUCAUCCGGAAAAGGCUUUAAAUAUACCAGGAGUAAUUGCUUUUUACACCGCAAAAGACAUACCCGGUUUGAAUUCGUUCACGCCCACAAAUGAACCAACAAUUAAAAGAAAUGAAGAGAUUCUAUGCAGUGGCCAAAUAAAAUAUUACAAUCAGCCUAUAGCAAUAGUAGUAGCUCAAUCGCAAGAAAUAGCUGAUAGAGCGGCAAAAGUGGUUGAGGUUAGCUACACCAAUAUCAAGAAACCCGAAAUCGACGUGAAGAAAACAAAGAAAGAUCCAAAUAGACUAAUGCUAGUUAAAUCAAAUGAUGCUUCUAAUAAAGGAAAUGAGAUAGCUCAUGUUAUAAAACAUAGUGAAACCAUUUACGGACAAUAUCAUUUUACCAUGGAAAACAUUGCAUGUGUUACUUAUCCCGUUGAAGAUAAUUAUGAAGUUUAUGCUACAACUCAGUGGCCGGAUGCAGUGCAAAUAAUUAUUUCUAAAGUUUUGAAUAUACAUCAGAAUAGAGUAGAUGUUUACGUUCGGCGUUUAGGUGGUGCUUACGGAAUAAAAAUAACUCGGUCAACCCAAGUAGCUGCUGCGUGUAGUUUAGUGGCAUUUAAGCUAAAUAAACCAUGUCGUUUUAUACAGUCUAUAACAACAACAAUGAGAGCUAUAGGGAAAAGAUUCCCUUGUUCCGCAGAUUUUGAGGUUGCAAUCAAUAAUGAUGGAGUAAUACAGUACAUGGACUUCAAUAUAUUUGAAGAUAACGGAUACACAGUGAAUGAACAACUCGCAAUAUUAGGCGCAAAAAUAUAUAACACCUGCUACGAUGGGUCAACAUGGAAUUUUAAGUGUUACGAUUGUACAACCGAUACCGCGAAAAAUACGUGGUGCCGUUCUCCAGCAACAUUAGAAACUAUUGCUAUGGUGGAAAAGAUAAUGGAGCGAAUAUCUUACGAAGUAUCUAAAGAUCCAGCUGAGGUUCGUUUAUCAAAUUUAGAUUAUAAAACGCAUGGAGUCCUUAAAGAAAUGUACGAAACGCUCAAACUCAACUCUGACUAUAUUCAGAGGCGAAUAAAUGUAAAUAAUUUUAAUUCGACCAAUAGAUGGAAGAAACGAGGUCUACGAUUUUCCUUUCUACGUUGGGUGCAUGACGAGCCACGUUAUUUUGAUAUUAACAUAUCAGUAUAUCAUGGAGAUGGUUCCGUUGCUAUAACACAUGGUGGUGUAGAAAUGGGACAAGGUAUCAAUACAAAAGCUGCUCAGGUUUGCGCUUACUUACUUAAUAUUCCUCUGGACAAAAUUCAAGUUAAAGCAACAAAUACAAUAGCAGCUCCAAAUGGUUCUACAUCUGGUGGCAGUAUUACAAGCCAAAAUAUUAUUGUAGGUGUUCAUAGGGCGUGCAAACAACUACUAGAAAGAUUAGAACCUAUUAUUAAAGAUAUGAAAAAUGCAACAUGGGCAGAAAUCAUUCAAAAAGCCUUUGACGCUAAUAUUGAUCUACAAUCUCAUGGUUUUGUUGCACUAAACUUGCAGUAUUAUAAUGUAUAUGGUGUAACAUUAUCUGAAGUUGAAGUUGAUAUUCUGACUGGAGAAUCUGAAAUACUAAGAGUUGAUUUAUUGGAAGAUGCUGGUCAAAGUGUUAGCCCAAAAAUUGAUGUUGGACAGGUAGAAGGAGCAUUUGUAAUGGGUAUUGGAUACUGGUUGACAGAAGACCUAGUUUACGAUAGUGGUACCGGCGAAUUGUUGACUGAUAGAACUUGGAAUUAUUAUGUACCUCAGGCUAGAGAUAUACCAUUUGAUUUUCGAAUUUAUUUCAAAAAAGACUCUUUUUCUAAUGACGUUAUUUUUGGAUCCAAAGCUAUAGGCGAACCACCUAUGUGCAUGGCGGUAUCUUUGACGUUUGCUAUUAGAGAAGCCUUAGUUGCAGCACGAGCACAUAGUGGGAUUCAUUCGACUGACUGGUUUGAAAUAGAUGGACCCUACACGCCAUCGAAAGUAUGUAUGGCAGCUGCUACAAAUAUAAAACAAUUUAAAUUCAACUGAAAAUGAAACUAAAUACAAUUAGUAAUUUUUAAAUAUUGAAAAUAACACAUGAUUCACCAAUAAACA